CAGCUUCCAGCCUUGCACUUAAGCUCAAAGCCGCUGGGAUACAGGGAGGAAAGCCAAGCCAUGCAGGGCCCUAGGGGUGGCGGCACUCUCCCGGCCUGGAGAUCCCCCACCCCCCUCCCGAGCAGAUCAGCCUCCCGAACGGGGCGGUCGGGCUGCCGCAGGGAGAUGGCGCCAGGUAGCAGGCCAGAGGAGGGGGCUGGUGUCGCCGCUUCAGGGUGAGGGGCAGCAAGGCACGGCUAGGCUGCCCCGUAGCCCCCCGCCCCAAGCCGGGAGUAGUGCCAUGCGCCUCUUCCCCGCCUCCUCUUCGGCCUUGAUCGAGACGCUGGACGCUCCCCACGGCGGGAGGGAGCAGAGGAAAUAAAAACAAGUGUGUGCCGCGCUGGGGGAGGGGGAUCCCUGCUCCCGCUCCGCGGCCGAGCCGCCUUGUCCUGUCCCGGAGCCAGGAAAACGAGCCUCAAGAAACAGCUUCAAGGUCUCACACCUUCAAAAAUAAGUCUUUUAAGAAAUCCAGUAUCUGUGGAUUCUGCAAACAAGUCAUUGAUAGCCAAGAAAUUUCAUGCAGAGUUUGCAAGUAUGCCUGCAGCAGGAAAUGUGAAGAAAAGGUUUAAAAACUCUCUUGCUUUUAACCUGUGUCUGGGUUAACAGUGGAAGAAAUUGCUUCAACUGCUCAUGAGAACUGAAGUUGGAAUACAGCAAGGUCUCAAUUAUUUUGCUUCAUCUGGGAAGAAAUGUGCUAUUUGUGUAUAUGGAGUUAGAAAGAAAAAAAGGUGGUGACACCCUGCUUUCUUCCGAGCAGCUAUGAGCUGGCUAAUAACUCUGAGAUGGUUAAAAAUCAUGUAACCAGAAGUAAUUCCAGCAGUGUUUUGAAGAACUCAUCUUUCAGUUGUGACAAGGUAUCACGAAGUGCAGACUUUGAUCACAUUAUGGAGGAAAGCUCUGAACUUGACCUCACUUACAUCACAGAGCGGAUUAUUGCUGUAUCCUUCCCUGCUGGCUGUUCUGAGGAAACUUACCUCCACAAUCUACAAGAAGUAACACAAAUGCUCAAAUCCAAACAUGGUGAUAAUUAUUUGGUAUUAAACCUCUCUGAAAAGAGGUAUGACCUUGGCAAGCUUAACCCAAAGAUUAUGGAUGUGGGGUGGCCUGAUUUCCAUGCUCCACUUCUUGAUAAGUUGUGCACCAUCUGCAAGGCUAUGGAGUCCUGGUUGGACAAUGAUCCUCAACACGUGGUGGUGAUCCAUUGCAGAGGAGGAAAAGGAAGAAUAGGUGUAGUCAUAUCAUCAUAUAUGCACUUUACCAAUGUUUCUGCAAGUGCUGAUCAGGCUCUAGACAGAUUUGCUAUGAAGAAAUUCUUUGAUGAUAAAGUUUCAGCUUUAAUGCAGCCAUCCCAAAGAAGAUACGUGCAGUUCUUAAGUGGCCUUCUAUCUGGAUCUGUGAAAAUGAAUGCAACCCCUCUUUUCCUGCACUAUGUUAUCCUUCAUGGCAUCCCCAACUUAGAUGCUGGGGGAGCUUGUUGGCCUUUUCUGAAGUUAUACCAGGCUAUGCAACCAGUUUAUACAUCUGGAAUAUAUAGCAUACAGUCAGAAAAUCGAAGUCGAAUCUGCAUUGCUAUAGACCCUGCCCAGCUUUUGAAAGGAGAUAUUAUGAUAAAGUGUUAUCACAAAAAAUACAGGUCAGCUACUCGUGAUGUGAUUUUUCGCCUUCAGUUUCACACUGGAGCUAUUCACGGACAUGGUUUGGUGUUUGGCAAAGAAGAUUUGGAUCAUGCCAACAAAGAUGACCGUUUUCCUGACUACAGCAAGGUGGAAUUAGUGUUUUCAGGAACUCCAGAGAAAAUUCAAGGAUGUGAACACCUUCAGAAUGAUCAUGGAGUAAUAGUUGAUUACAAUACAUCAGACCCACUGAUACGCUGGGAUUCCUAUGAAAAUAUGAGCCCUGAUGGGGAAGUGUUGCAUACCCAAGGUCCCAUUGAUGGCAGUCUGUAUGCAAAAGUGAGAAAGAAGAGCUCCUCAGACAGCAGCAUCCCUGGUGUUGCUCAGGGUGUUCAUGUUACAGGCAGUCCUGAUCACAGUGAUCAUACCCUGUCUGUCAGUAGUGAUUCUGGACACUCCACAGCUUCAAUCAGAACAGACAAGACUGAGGAACGCCUUGUCCCAGGAGUUAAGUGGGGUUUGAGCCCACAAGAGAAGGCAGAACUGGACCAGCUACUUAGUGGCUUUGGUCUGGAGGAUUCUGUCAGCACUGCCAAGGAUAUGACUGAUGCUCAAAACAAAUACAGUGCUGCUCACCACAUAGUGCCAGCUCACAUUCACAUGAAUGAAGUCACCAAAAUGAAGGACAGGGAGACUGAUAUUCUGGAUGAUGAAAUGCCUAAUCAUGACCUUCACAGUGUGGACAGCAUUGGGACGUUGUCUUCCUCAGAAGGACAGCAUUCCACCCACCUCGGGAACUUCAGUUGCCACAAGAGCAGUCAAAACUCACUUCUUUCAGAUGGCUUUGGAAGUAAUGCUGGGGAAGAGCAUCACAAUGCUUUUGCUGCAGACCUGGGAAUUGGUGUGGAUUCCGUCUUUGAGAGGUCAUUUGGAAGCACUGAGCCAAAGUCAACUGAGCAAUUGCAACAGAAUCCUUCUAUCUCACCCCAUCCACAAACCUAUGGCCCAAGUAACUACUCUACUCAGACCUGGGUACGCCAGCAGCAGAUGGUCACUGCUCACCAAUAUGGUUUUGCCCCAGAGAAUGAAAAUAGGGUUGCCAUUCAUAACACUGUGGAGAAUUUGGGCAGUGUCCAGAGCCAGUCCCAAGUCCCAGAUGCUCCAACAUGCAGCUCUAGCAGCAGACAUGCUAUGCAGAGAGGGCUAGGAAGCAUGCUGGGUGCUUCAGAGGUUGAAGAACAUGCAAGUGCUGACAAUUUUAAGUCAAGGCAACUGCCUCAGAGGAACACAAAUGGCCUGAAUCUAGGACAAAAUGCUGGAGACUUGCCAGCUUCUCCAACUUUGGAUAUUGAUCAGUCCAUUGAACAAUUGAACAGACUGAUCUUGGAGUUAGACCCUACAUUUGAACCUCUCCCUACUCACAUCAACACUCUCACGAGUGACAGAAAUCAAGUAAAUGGCUUCAGCAGCCUUGAUGCACACAUGGAAGAGCUUAACAGUAGUUCUGGCUUCCACAGAUUUGAGGUCAGAAACAGGAAUGCCUCUGGACAUGCAACAGGUAUGCAAGAUGAUGAUGCAACAGGGAAAAGGCUCAGAAAGUUAAGUGUUGGGCAGUAUGACAAUGAUAUUCCUGGGGAAUCAUCAUACAACAGGUGUGGAUGGAUGAAGUCUCCUGCUAAUCACCAGGCUGUAAUUCCAAGAUCACCAAUUGCUGGAGGGAAAACUAAGGAGAUGAGUGUUGUACAUUACCAAGAUGAAAUAGAUGGGGGAAUCUUCUCCACAAUAAAAAAUGGAAAUGAAGCUGUCACAUUCACACCAGCUUUUCCCCUGUCACCAGAGGUGACAUAUGUGACAGCACCUUCACCAUGCCAUCAGCAGAUUCCCUCCAUCCAAAAGGUCAGCAGCCCAUCUGAGCUGUACAGAACCAUUUCUGAAUCUCAAAGUUACAUGGAAGCCAUUAACCUCCCUGUGGUGAUGUCUGAUGGCACCGUGGGCACUAACUCUUCUAUGCUGAGGGCCAACAUGCAGACUGAUCCCUCUUUUCAGCGCUGUUUUGCAUCUUCAUGUACAGUUGCAAAUAGCAGUCCUAUCCCAGGGGCAGAAAGCUCUUCUGCUGCAGAAUAUCCUUGGCUUGAAAACAGCUCUAAAGCUUCCCUGUCAACCCAGUUUUCAGUGGGAAACACCAGGCAGCCAGGAGGUUACCUUGUGCCCUCUGAAUUUUCAAGUGCUGUGCAGGAUGUCUCUCUCCUGUCUCAUUUCCAAACUCCAGGAAUGCAAGUUGUCACCCUGAGCAACCUGGAGAGUUCACCAGCAAAGCCACACCAAGAACAUGAUAUCAGCAGCAGUGCCCAUGCCUACCUGAGCUACAGCACCGGUACCAGGGACAGUAGCUCCCCCCAAGAGGAGACACAAGCUGCCUGCAUAGCCGGCACUAGCAUAUCUAAAACGCUGAGCUCAUCAGUGGCAAGUGCUGAUGACAAUGACUUUUUGUCACAAAACUUUCUUACAGUGGCCUCUGGACACAACAGCCAGAACAGUGCAGUUCUGGAUCACCAUGGAGGGAACCUACAUGCUCAACCGCCUCUUCCAGAGAAGAAGAGGUCCUCUGAAGGAGAACGUUCCUUUUGCUCUGUGUCACCUUCUUCGAGUGGCUUCUCUAGCCCUCACAGUGGAAGCACAAUUAGCAUUCCCUUCCCAAAUGUCCUCCCAGAUUUCUCAAAAAUGUUAAGCCCUUCCCCAGUGCCAGAAAACACAGCUGAUAAACAUGUGACCGUAAAAUUUGUUCAGGACACAUCCAAGUUCUGGUAUAAGCCAGAUAUUUCAAGAGAACAAGCCAUUGCUGUUCUCAAGGAAAAGGAGCCUGGGUCUUUCAUUGUUCGAGACAGUCAUUCUUUCCGGGGAGCCUAUGGGCUAGCAAUGAAAGUUGCCACACCACCUCCUUCUGUGCUACAGUUAAAGAAAGUUGGAGAUUCGUCAAAUGAACUUGUAAGGCAUUUUCUGAUUGAAUGUACUCAAAAGGGGGUACGCCUGAAAGGAUGCCCAAAUGAACCAUAUUUUGGGAGUUUGACAGCUCUAGUGUAUCAGCAUUCCAUCACUCCACUGGCAUUGCCCUGCAAGCUCCUCAUCCCAGACAGAGAUCCCUUGGAGGAGAUAGCAGAAACUUCUCCACAAACUGCUGCAAACUCAGCUGCAGAGCUUCUCAAACAGGGUGCAGCUUGUAAUGUUUGGUACCUGAAUUCAGUAGAGAUGGAGUCCCUCACAGGAUACCAGGCAGUACAGAAAGCUUUGAGCCUGACGCUGAUGCAAGAUCCGUCUCCUGUCUCAACUGUUGUCCAUUUCAAGGUGUCUGCUCAGGGAAUCACACUGACAGAUAAUCAAAGAAAACUCUUUUUUCGGCGACAUUAUUCAGUCAACACUGUUAUUUUCUGUGCUUUGGAUCCACAGGACAGAAAGUGGAUGAAAGAUGGCCUUUCUGCAAAAGUGUUUGGGUUCAUUGCCAGGAAGCAAGGCAGUGCCACAGACAACGUCUGCCACCUCUUUGCAGAGCAUGAUCCAGAACAACCUGCCAGUGCUAUUGUAAACUUUGUAUCAAAGGUCAUGAUUGGAUCCCAGAAGAAGAUCUGAUACCCUGCCAUCCUUGAUUCAGAACUCUUCGUUGACUUCACUGAAGGAAAUCACUGUGAGAGGGAGAAAAGCUAUUCAGCAACAAUGUCUGAAUAUUGUCAUUCCCAGUAAGGAAAGCAGAGGAUGAUCUGUGUAUUGUGUUAGCAAGAGCUCAGGCUUUUUCUUCAAGAUGCCUUACAAAGCAUUAUUUUUUGUUUUUAUAUCAGAGGACAAAACAAAAGAAGCUGGGUGCCACCUUAAACCACGUAGCCUUUACCUGAAUGAAGCAUAAAUGAAGAACUUUUCUCCUGAUGGGUUUCUAAUGUAUCUUCAUACGCUGUUUCUCAUAGUUUAUUGGAGCAGAAAUACUUAGUAGAUUGCACUACUUUUUUGUUCAGGAAGUGUUCUGUAAAACCUCCACAAAGACACUUGCCAUGGUUGCAUCAAUGGUAGUUAUAGGCCUUGCAAAUGUGCUUUUAGGAGAAUGAUCAUCUGAGGAAAACUAUUUGCUCUUCCCUAUGUCUUUGUGAUCAGUGAUGAGAACUGAAUGGAGAAAGGGGAAGGCGUAUGUGAAGAGAACGUUUGUGCAAGUUGUUUUAUGGUAAGAAAGGAGUGGCACUGUGGAAUAUUCAGGAAGAUUGCUCUGUGUUUAGUGUUAAGAAGGCUGAGCUGUUUUAGUUUGAAAAUUUUUCAAUAGAGCAAAAGUGGCAGAACAAAAAGAGAUGUGAAAAUCUGUUCUAUAAUAAGGGGCUUUUUGUAAUUUUUUUAAUGCAGAGAACUAAGCAGGGAAGAUUAAGCAUUUUAAUAAUUACAGGAUGAAAAUGAGGGAAAAGCACAGAGGAAGAUUGUAUAAUUUAUGCAUUUUUACUGGUGACAGAUUAUUUAUAGUGGGUCUCAGAUCUUGGUAUGUCAGAGAGAUAAUUCUUAAACUAGACCACUGUUGAGGUUUACCUUUAGCACUAUUUUGUGUAAGUAAAUGUGUGUGUAGCCUGUGCCUUGCUAGAGAAAAUAGUCUGAUAUUUUGUCUUUCGUCUUACAGUGACAAGACACUUCCCAUUUUCUGCUUCUGCAGUACUGUUUUAUUCCCCUACAUAAUAUGUAACUAUAUUUACGGACUCUUCUACCCCAUUAUUUUGCUGGAGUUUUGAGGAUUAUUUUACCUUUUUUUUUUUCCCAUCUAUAGGAACUAUAUUUGAUUUGUUAUUCCUUGAGCUAGGAAAUCUGAAAGUGAAUGGAAUUUAUUUUGUUACUUUGUCCCAUUUCUUGAGAGCAUUUAUGUUAUGAUUUCUACAUCCAGCACACUUGUACAUAUCUCUUUAUCUUUCUUAACACAUUGAUAUUUGAAAUACAUAAGAAAGUGCUAUUUAGCUUUAUAGAAAAUUAAUGCAGUAGGUUACAGUGGAAGCCUGCACAAGGAGAGUAAGCCACUGAGAUCUCCUGUGUAGUUCCCAUUCAUUGAGAAAGAGCAGUACUAGAUCCCUGUAUGAGAACUGAUGGUUAUAAUGCAGCUGUAGUGUGGCAAGUGCUGAAAAAUUUCAUUGAUUCUGUUUCUUUCAUGUGUAGCUGUCAACAUUACGUUAAUAACCUGAGGAAUAAAAUAACAUUCUGUAUUUUGUAUGUUGAUAGAUGAACCACUUUAUCCACUUGUAGAUUUUAAUCCUCUUAUUCAGCAAUUUGAACUACAUUUGCCCUGUAUAAAAUAUGGGGGGUUGUUAACAGCUCUCUUUGUAUUUCCUGAAGUAUUAGGACCAUGUUGAACGUUAUUCAGUGACCAUAGCUGAAGUGUUACCAAAUCAUUUGUGUAACUACCAAUUUUGUGUAAAUAACUUUGUGUUUUUUAAGAGGAAAGUGGUGAGGAAGAGAGAGAGAGAAGAAAUAUAUGAAGUUUAAUGUAUUUGGACCAGAAAGUGGUUUAUUAGUAGCAGUAGGCAUUGGAUAUCUGUAGAAGGGUGAAGCAAUCCAAAGUGCUGAAUUCAAUAGCUACCAUUGAAGCAAAAAAGGCAAGUACCUCUGAUUGGUGAUUCUUUUGGCACAGAGGUAUACUACUUAAACAGUGUUCAUAUACCAUCCAAGAAAAAGAAUGCAGUUCUUACAUCUAGGAGCUUUGCUCCUUUUAUAAAAUGUGAGAACAAGUUUUCUUUUAAGAUUCUUUUGGAGUACCAAGAUUCCAGUUGUCUAAUCUCAUCACCCUGUUGGAGCCCACAGAAAUUCUUCAGUUGGCAUUUCAAGUAGAUUUAAGUCUCAAUUAGAUUUUAAUCCGAUGUGUCGAAAGAAUUGAAAUGAGGAGGAUUUUUUAAACUAUAUUUUUUCACUUAUGUAGAUAAUAAAUUUUAGUGUGUCUUCUUAGACAUUAAGUGUUGGCCUUUGGGCUGAAAAUAAAAUGUCUUUUUUUCCCCGUGUAUUGUCAUUUCCAUUCAGGACCUUAUUUUAUAUUCCUUGUGCUUUCUCAAGGUCUGCUGAAUUCAAAAGCAUGAGGGAUUGCAUGCUGACACUCCUGGUGGUAUUUUCUGGGAGUUUUGCUCUACUUACUAAGUGGGAAAAAAGAAGUUACCCUGUUUCUAAGGGAGAUUUUCUAUUUUGCAUUCCUUUGGAUGGUAUAUUGCCAUGUGCAUUUGCUUUUUAAUGAAUUUUAAAAUGGACAAAGCAAGAUAGUUUAAUAUGUACCAUUAUAUAAUCUGUGUAGAAAAAUAUUCAUGGAACUUUUAUGUUCAUGGCAAAUAUAAGACUAAUCUUUAUAUAGCACUUUCUUUCAAGAGUUUUGGUAGAUGUGUAUAUGCAAUUUCAUAACUAAUGGCAGCAAGUUGACAUAUAUUUACCCAGACUCCUAUUAAUGUGGUUCAUAAAUACACUGUUAUAAUCAUACAGAGUUAAACUACAAAAAUGCUAAAAGCCACGGUUUUUAUUAACGGUUUUGUGUAUCCAAUCCUGUCAUUAAAUAUUUAAUAUUUCUUUCUUGGUUUUUCCUACUAGUGAAAAUUUUAAUUUUUUUUCUUGAAACUGUAAAGAAGCGUCUAAAAGUCUUCAGUAUAUAAAUGAAUGUUCCAUAAAUUCUUUGUAUAGUCAUUUUCUCUGCUCUUCAGAUACCGCCUCUUUCAGAUUAUAAUAAAAUUACAAAAGUGAAAUUCCACCACUCAGUGUCACAGAGCAGUCUAUUUCGAAUGAAAGUUACCUUCUGGCAUUCAAAAUCGGCUAAUAAGCAAAACCUUCAUGAGUUAAGAAUAAUUUGGGUGCUGGGGUUUAGUUGUAAGAAGUGUUUGAGAUUUCCUUCAAGGACUUCAGAUGAGCCUGUGUUAGUGGUUCAGGUCAGUUGAAGUGUAUGAUUUUCCUAGUUAAUUUGUGGCUAUAAUGGUAUAAAAGUAUCUAUUGCUUGCAUUGCAUAUUUGGGUAAGAGGGAAGAAUAUGAUACCAUCCUCUGAGAUAUUGUAACCGUUUAACUUCACCUCCACUCUGCUUAUGCUGAAAAACCUUCCAGAGGGGGCUGAGAAAUUUAACCCCUGCCUGAAACAGGUACAAAAACAGUGCAUCAGCCAGACAGUGAAGGUUGAGUUAUAUACAUGCUUUAUCAGGGUUAUUUCUGAGACUGAUAAACUCUGGUAUGUCAUGCUUAUGCCUUUUCUGUGAGUGCCUUGGUUUGAAAAGACGGGUGUCUGCUGAGGAAGGCAGGAGCCUCCCCUGAAAUGGAAAAAUUAAACCCCCUGCCUCUGAAUUGUUAUAAUUUUGAAAUUAAGGGGCUCUCAGGCAAAGAUAUGGGAGCAGGAAUAACAGUUCUUUAUUAGGGGAGAAAACUAAAAUAAAAAAUGCAGUAAUACAAAACAACACUGACAGAGUCAGAAUACCACCUCACACCCUGUUGGUCAGGGUGUUGGUAGCAGUCCAAUUGGAAUUGUGCUGUACACUCUUAGAGUGACAGAUGUGGUUCUGUUGGAGCAGGGAUCCUGUAGAGGGGUGUAGUUUUCCUCUGAAGGCCCAGUGGUGGUGUAGAGGGGCCUGGUCUUCUUCUGGGAAUCCAGUGGAAAAGAAAGUGCUCCUCUGGGAAUCCUGUGGAGAACAGUCACUGUGGUGUUCCAAAUCUCAGAUUAUAUCCAGGUAGGAGUGCUUGGCUCCUCCCUCUGGGCGGAGCAUCUCACAGUGGGAUGAUGUAAUUUUAUCAGUCUGCAGUGAGACUCAAUGGCCCAUUAUCAGAAGAUAUCUCCUGGGAGGGAGGAUUGGUUGUGAAAGAGAUAAAGAAAAACUGCCCAAUCAACAGAAGAUAACUGCCAUACCUUUAACAGGUGAUAAUAGAAUACAGACCUCCACCCGAAUCUUGCAACCCAGGACAGUGAGGCAUACACUGGCAGGAAUUUUUCAUUCUGUGUGCUUGACUGUCAUUCAUCAGUUUGUGAAGUUUGUGCAUGGUUGUAAAGUGACAUUUGUCCAUUAAAAGUGUUGUUCUUUUAUUAGAAUGAAUUAUAAUGUGAGCAGAUGACAAGGAUGCAAUAGUAAAAUGGUCUUUUGUGUCAAGAGUCCAGUCUCUCCUGUUAAACUCUUCUCCUUUAACCUGGAUGCCAUUGUGUAUGUGUGCUGCUGUUAGUUGCAUUUUAAGGCUGCUCUGCAUUUUAAGUCUUUGCUCCAGUGGAAGAAAAUCUGCUAUCAGGACUCAUCCUAGAUAAUUUCACAACUAGUUUAUAUGCAGUUGUUCUUAUACCAGUGUUCCCUUAGUAUGAAUAACUGUUCUCUCCUUGAGAUAUUUAUAGCAGGAAUUCUGCUCCCCCUCGUGUCCCUAAGUCUUCUUUUGGCAAGGCUAAACAAGUCAGCAUUUGGCUUUUAUGUGCUUUUGUGUUUGAAAGGCUGAUUUUUGUCCAUUAUGUAAUUUCUUUGGAGAGACCUUUAAGUAUACAGCCAGACACUGUAUAAAAGGGGCAGAAGCUGCUGCCUUCUAAUCUUUUAAACGUUUGUAUUAGAAAACUCUUGGAACAAGAAAACUUGGCCCACGAGAUAGGCAGAAUAAAUCUCUCAUCUGCUUCUGCUGUUGAUACCUAGAAUAAAGAUUAUGGUAACAUAAACUGGAUCAGGCAGUGUGGACAAAGGAAAUCACAAGAGCAAAUAGCUGAAGAAGUUUUUAAAAGCCAUAGUCAGAAACAGGAAGCUUGCAGGAAAUCUAACACAUCGGGCAAACUACCAAGAGGGCAGUGGGGAGCUUUUUAGAGAAUUUAAGGAUCUUGCUGAAUAACUGAGAAGGAAUGUGCAUCACAUGUCACAAGGGAUAUCAAGUUGGAACUCUUUCCUUUCUUUGAAAACAUUUAGUGUCUCACAACGUACAAAUGUUUGGACCAGCUUUAAUGUUUUAAUAUUUGCAGAAUCACAGGGUGGUUGAGGGUGGAAGGGACCUAAAGAGAUCAUCUAGUCCAACUGUGUUGCUUCAAGAGGGACAUCUAGAGCCAUUUGCCCAAACAGCUUAAAUUUACUGGAGGUAGAAUCUCCAGUCUCCCUGGUCAAUCAAUGGUAAUUCUUAAUCACCCUUACAAUGUUUCUUAAUAUUCAGAGGUAACCUCCUGAGUUUCAGUUUGUGCAAAUCACCUCUUGUCCUGUUAAGGAGCAUCACUGGAAAGGGUCUGGCACCCUCCCAGUAUUUAUGCACAUAGAUGAGCUCCCCCUGUGCCCUCUUUGCCAGGCUGCACAGCUUCCACAACCUCAGUUUUGUGUCAUCAACAAACUUCCAGAGGAUACACUCUGCCUGAUCAUCCAUCCAGAUCAUCAAUUAACAACAUGGUAUGAAGGACCUGACCCAGUAUGGACCCCUGGGGUAGACCACUAGUUACUGGCCUCCAACUAGACCUUGCACUGCUCAUCAGCUGUGUCAGCACCCAGCUAUGCAGGCAGUUUUCAACCCACUUCACUGCCUGCCUAUCUAGAUACAUUGACAGCUUGUCUAUGAGGGUGUUAUCCGAGACAGUGUCAAAGGCCAAACUGAAGUCCAGGAAGACAGUAUCUGCUGGUUUCCCUUGAGCUAAGCCACUCAUUUCAUCACAGAAGGUAGAUCAGUGAUGACUUCCCCUUAAUGAAGCCGUGCUGACUCCAUGGAGAUGGACAGAGGGCUGGAGUACCUCCCCUAUGAAGACAGACUGAGUGACUUGGGAUGGUUUAGCCUAAUAAAAUGAAGGCUCCAGGGAGACCGGUUGUGGUCUUAAAGUUCCAGUACUUAAGGAAAGCUUACAGCAAAGAUGAGGAAGGACUCUUUAUCAGGCAGUGUAGUGAUUGAAUGAUGGGUCAAGUAAUGGUUUUAAAGAGAAAGAGAGUAAGUUUAGAAGAGGAAAUUCUUUGAGUCAAAGGGUGGUGAGGCACUGGAACAGGUUGUCCAGAGAAGCUGUGGAUGCCCCAUCCCUAGAAGUGUUCAAGGCCAGGUUUGAUUGGGCUUUAAGCAACCUGAUCUAGUGGAAGAUCUUCCUGCCCUUGUAGAGAUCUUUAGGGUUCUUCUCCAACUCAAAAUCAUUCUAUGAUUCUGUGGCCCACAAACAGGUGGUGCUUUGCCUUGCAAAGAUUUCUUCUCUAGGUACAUAAUAUCAGCAGUGUUUUAUGGAAGGUGUUCCGGGUUGCAGCUAAUCAGUGGUGCCUUUACAGUAAGGUAAGCAGUGUUUACAAAUGGAUUCACCUCAAAUUUCUGCAUGACCUUUUAAAAAAACGAAGUCUUUAAAAUCAUUAAAAUACAUUUUCAUAAUUGUAAAAAUCUUCUGAUGUCUUUAAUGGUGUUAUUUGAAGAGUUGUUUAAAAAGCAGAAAUAGCUUUUUAUGUAACAGUGAAUUAUUUUCUGUUACAUACUGUCCUCAAAUUUUCUUUUAAAUAUCUACAAUUAUUUGUAUUCAGUCUAAUUAAAUCUGACUUUUGGAUUUUUUUCUGUUGCCACCUGUAUUAUGUACAAGUCAGGAUUUGUUUGUAAAGCAGAUGGCAAGUAUGAGAGAAAAUCCAGAAAAAUGAGUUGGAUGAAAUGCUCUAUGGAUGGGGAAUUAAAAUGUGGGAUGGAAUUGGUCCAGGAGACCCGUAUGCUUGUGUUUACUCUAGUAGAAUAAUCCAGCUUUUAAAAUAAACAGAACUAUGUUGAUUGAAGUACUAGUUUCAAGCCUUUCUGUUUGCAAGCUAAUGUGAAACUCCCACUAAAGCACAUGGUAAUUGUUUAUACCUAGGGUAUGCGAGUGAUGAGAGGAGGCCCAGAUUUCAGCAGGAAGCUUCACAGCACACAGAUUUCUCCCUGCAUAUGAAAAGAGUUAAAAUGCGUUUGUAUAACUUAGUUCUGCAGUAAACUUGGAGUCAUAUUCUCGUGUAAAAGCGUGUUUUGCUCCAACUGACAAAAAGUCAACAACCCCUAAAUGUAACUGCUAGAAAUAAUUUUCCUUGUUGGAGCACUCAAACAACUUCUAACCACUUCAGUCUCUUUCCAUAACAAGUACCUGGCACCAGGUAUUGGAAAUAGCCCUUAAAAGUCUGUUAAGGAUUUUUAUGAGGAAAUGUGGCUUAACAUGUGUCAGUAUGUUGUCAGUAUGUUCUGUCACAAGGCAGUUAAUAAAAAAAUCCCUAAAGGUGGUAUUGAUCAUGUAGUGGCAUAACUACAGUAUAUGGUAUAUACAUGCACUGAAACCUGUAUGUAAAUUUGUUCCUGUCAAAUAUAUAUUUAGUCUCAUGCCAGUUGAAGAACAUCCAGAUUUGGUAUUUUUUCUGUAUUACUUCUUACAUGGGACCCAUCCAUACCUGUUUCUCAGCAGAAAUGGAAUAAACAUGGUUUGAAUCUC